CCCGCGGAGGAGGGAGUGGGGAGGAGGGAGGUCGAGAUCCAGCAAUGGACGGUGGUGUCGGCGUCGACUGCGACGGUGUGGGAGCGGAGGCCGGCGGCAGUGUAGGCGCGCCGGACAAACACAUCCAUCAACCACACCAGUUUGGUCGAGAGUCCUCCAAGAUUUCCGUAGAAGGAAUUCUCCAUGAAAGAAUGAUCCUGUGCUUGUGGAAGACCCCACCACCCCACCAAACCAUUGCCUGCCUCUCUGGUAGGACCAGCUGACAAGGCGUCAACAACGGGGAGACGGUUUGUAAGGGAGGGAGAGACGGCAUUGGAAGGGCCAAUAAUGAGAGUCCCCAAAACCGCGCUCUCUAGUCUUGUCAGAACCCAACACACGGCGGCGAGAGCCCCCUCGGACGCCUACGCCUCCCUCCUCCGGCGAUGCGCCGCCGAGCGGUCCCUCGAGAAGGCCCGCCGGGUCCACCGCCAUAUGAAGUUGUCUGGCUUCCGUCACCUCAGCCUUGGAAACAAGCUGGUCGGCGUGUACCUCAAAUGUGGCGCGAUCGAGGACGCCCGGGAGGUGUUCGACGCAAUGCCCAAGCCGCAUCCUGUCUCCUGGAACGCCAUGAUAUCUUCCUGCGUUCGCUGUAGCAGAAGCCGUGAAGCGGUGGAUUUGUAUAAACGGAUGCUGUGGGUGGGCGUCAGGGCAGACGAGUUCACCUUCUCGAGCGUGCUUAGAGCAUUCAGUGAGCUCGGUCUCGUGGCACAAGGCGGUGCAGCUCAUGGGUGUCUGGUGAUCACCGGUGUAGAUGCCACAAAUGCCUUUGUUGGUAGUGCCUUGGUAGAUAUGUAUGCAAAGUUCGGCAAACUGAGAGAAGCUCGAGCGAUCUAUGAUAGAGUAUGUAGCAAGGACGUUGUCUUGACGACAGCUUUGAUUGUAGGCUACACCCAGAAUGGAGAGUACAGUGAGGCAAUUCAGCUCUUCCGGCAGGUGAUGAAGGAUGGCUUGAGUCCAAAUGACUUCACAUUCGCAAGUGUUCUAAUAGCAUGUGGGAGCAUUGGAGACUUGAGGUGGGGGUUAUCGAUUCAUGGUGUCAUGGAAAAGUUUGGUUUUAAGCUAGGCUGUUCUUCACAGACAUCACUCCUUACCAUGUAUUCAAGGUGUGGACUGAUUGAUGACUCCAUAAAAGUCUUUGAGAGCAUAGCGGAUCCAAAUACAGUAAGUUGGACAGCUAUAAUUGGAUGCUUGGUAUGUAAUCACAGAGAAGAGCUUGCUCUUUUGAUGCUUCAGAACAUGAUUAAUGAUUCAGUUCGGCCUAACGCAUUCACUUUGUCCACAGCUCUGAGAGCGUGCUCCGCCCUUGCAUUGUUCGAACAAGGGAAGUUGAUCCAUGCCUUCACUACAAAAAUUGGGUUGGAUAGCAACAGAUUUGUUUGCGCUGCAUUGAUCGAUACAUAUGGAAAGUGUGGGCGUAUUGGAAUGGCCAGAAUUAUUUUUGAUGAUCUGCCAGGGCUUGAUUUAGUUUCUGUGAACUGUAUGAUCAAUGCCUAUGCACAAAAUGGCCACGGAGUGGAAGCAAUUCGAGCGUUUGAGAUGAUGCAAGUAUCGGGUUUGGAACCAAAUGAUGCGACAUUCACCAGUGUUCUUUCUGCUUGUGGUAAUGCAGGACUGCUUGAAGAAGGCCAUCGAGUGUUCUCCUUCAUCAUCGACUGCUACAAGCAUGGACCAUCUAGUGACCAUUAUGCAUGUAUGAUCGACCUUCUAGGUCGUUCUGGAAAACUGGAAGAGGCUGAAGGGCUGAUAACCAAACUUAGGAGUCCAGACAAAGUUCUGUGGAGGUCUUUGCUAAGUGCCUGCAAAAUACAUGGAAAACUGGAUAUGGCAAAGAGGGUUGCGAGAAAUAUACUCGAGCUUGAUCCAGGUGACGAUGCAACUUACAUUCUUUUGUCGAACAUUUAUGCAUCUUUAGGUCAAUGGAAUGAGGUGAUCAAUGUGAAAUCUGCAAUGAGAAGAAUGAACCUGAAGAAAGAUCCAGCCAUGAGUUGGAUAGAAGUGGACAGGGAGUUCCAUACAUUCAUGGCGGGAGACAGGGGCCACCUGAAGGCAGAAGAGAUCUAUAAAGAGUUGGAAGGGCUGAUUACAAGGACCAAGGAACUGGGCUAUGUUCCGGACACAAGGUAUGUCCUACAAGAAAUAGAGGAGCUGGAAAAGGAGAGAUCCUUGUAUUACCACAGUGAGAAGCUGGCUGUGGCCUUUGGGGUCAUGAGCAGCAAUGACAAGGGAGACAUACCAAUCACAAUAUUCAAGAACCUCAGGGUUUGUGGUGACUGUCAUUCUUGGAUAAAGUUGGUGUCUCAAGUGGUGGGCAAAGAAAUCAUUGCUCGAGAUGCUAAGAGAUUCCAUCAUUUCAAGGAUGGGCUGUGUUCAUGUAAUGACUAUUGGUAAUCGAAACUGGACUUUGGAGUGAAACAUGGUUGAGUUGAUUCCUCUCAGCUUAUCCUGUUGGAUUAACUUAAGAAUGUGGUCUGGCCGUGGGGUGUUCAGCGAAACUCAUUGCAGCUAUUAUGACAAGUUGAUGGUGCCACUAUUGCUGAGGUUAUGGUUCCGAUGAUUUUUUUCUGACCACUGUUACCGAACAUUUCACUUCCUCCAUAGAAAGAGAUUGCUCUGAAACGUGUGCCAGCAUCAACUUAGUCAACACAGAAAUCAAGAUCUUUGCUAUGGAUGCUGUGAAUUUGAAGGUGACUACAGGAUUAUGGGUUCAGAACAGAUCGAGCUUACAAAAUGAGGCCAAGAUAGGAAGGAUAUACAAAGACACAAUUACUCACAGCUAAUGGAUGAAAUAUUGACAGAGAGCAAGACUUGGCGUUGGACAAUUAAGCAUAGAUCUUUGGGAUGAUUGCUUGCUUGUACAUGUCGAGGACAGACUCUCAGGAUGCUCACUUGUUUAUGUUAUCGAGUGUAAAUUGUCCAGCACUACAUGGAAAUUACGAGGAGAUGGAUCAUUUACAUGUACACGAGACUGCAAGAAAGAAAGCUAUAGGGAGAUCGACCAGUUGCAGAAGCUCCCCUAAUCUGCAAAUCGCAACGAUACCAAUUAGUAGCAUCCGCAGCGAUCGCGUGAAACCAAACCUAUCUCUGCUCUUCAACGACGACGACGACAACAAAAAGAGAGAGAAGGUUGCUUUGUUGGCCUGGAGAUGCCAGCCUCAUGGCAUCCAAUAUUUGCCAAAAAUGUGGGAUGUGCAAAACCAGAAGUUAUUGCAGGAAUCGACAGAAUUAGAACACCAGGCGAGUAACCCAAGCCAUCAACAUGCCACGAUGACCCAAUCACCGCAUGAAUCUGUUUGGGGUGGGUUGACUGUCGAGUGGCUAUCACAACUCUUAUAUGUUUCCAACUUGAAAUCAGCAGUGAAAGAGAAUUACCAAUAAGCAACCUGAGAACUGCUACCAUAUUCCCAAGCAAA